GAGAAGAUCUAAAGCUAUGGCAGCUACUCUGAACUACAUCAUCUCAGCCUUUACUAUCAUCCUCUUCAUCACAAAUGAAGCUAGUUUAGCUUGCCAUCUUUCAGACAUUACCAUAGAGCAAACUAGGACUGGGCACAUUGUUGAAGGGAAACCAGAGUAUUAUGUAACAGUGAGUAACAAGUGUGUGUGUCCACAGUCUAAGGUGGUCUUGCAAUGCUAUGGACUUAGUAGCGUUGAGCCGGUGAAUCCCCGGGCUAUUCGGGCGGUUGAUGAUGAGAGUUGUGUUGUUGCCGGUGGCCGUCCUAUUGCCCGGGGCUCUCCGGUGAAGUUUAAGUAUGCAUGGCUCACUCCUCAGGACUUCCCUGUUGUUAGUUCUCAUGUUAAUUGCUAGUUAGUAUUACCUCUUUAUGUGCUCUUGUAUUUGUAGUCAUUAUUGUUAUAUAUAUACACUCAUGACUGUGAGAAGAAUGAUGCUGCUUUUUCAUGGUUUGGUUUUGAUUGAUUUGAGAAUUAUAGAGGGAGAUGUUUUCUUGUGUUUGGUUGAAUGAAGAAAAUUUGUAUGUAUUGUUAAUGGUA